AUUUGCUUUGAAGAGCCGACAAGUGUUCACAUGCUGGACAUGAAUGCGUACUGUGACAAGGAAGCCGCAUUAACAUACUACGAUUGCUUUAAGAUUUGUACCAAGCAAGAUUUGCGGCUAAUUUCGGAUGAACCAACCAGCUUGUGCAAACGCUGCGGUGUAGAGCUUCAGUGGGCAUAUGAUUUUUACAAGAAAGUGGAGCAGGCCAACCAACAUUUACGGGAAUUGCGUGAGAACUUCAGCCUCAUCAUGGAUAAGGAGCCGGAAGAAAUUGUGGGAGAGGAAGACGAACUGGUGGAGGAGGAGCAGGAACAGCGUGUGGAAGAGGGCGACCAGGAACAGUUGAUGGCAGAAGACGGAACUCACCAUCUAACAACUAAUACUGAGGACGACAUUCUGUUAGAAGAUCUUGUGCAAUUCAUACCUGAGGAUGAAGAAGAAACGGCGGCAGCAACUAAUGAUGCCGAAUCUAAUGUUAAUAUAAGUGAGGAAUGCGAGCAGCACUUAGAAGAUUACACAACCCCCUUGGAGGAACCAGAAACUCUUUCCUAUGACAAAGAUCUCUUUUCCGAUUCCGAAAUCGAGGGAAUUGUACCCCCGCGGCACUACGAAGACGAAGAAGAAGAUACAUCGAAAAUGUAUGUGGUUGUUAAAUGUGCUGAAGAUUUAGUGCCCCACCAGCGUUUCUUUGGCCAAUUCAGAUGCCAGCAUUGUAAGAAACUCUUCCGCAACUAUUCCCGCAUGAUGAGGCAUCAGGCCACGCACUUUCCGGAACGUCCACAGUAUGAUUGUGAGCAGUGCGAUCGAAGCUAUCGCACAAAACAAGCGCUCAAGGUCCAUGUUGAAACGAAGCACGAGUGGACGGGAUAUAGCUGUAGCGUCUGCGGUAAACUCUAUGCCAUACGCAAGGCGCUCGAGAUACAUAUGCGCUACCACACCGGCGAUUUCCCAUAUGCCUGCGACCAGUGUGACAAAAAAUACGCACAAAGCUCCCAUCUAAAGGUCCACAAGAAUGUGCACCACAGAAAACAGCGUUUCAUAUGUGAUUAUCCCAAUUGUGGCAAAUUCUUUACAUCCUCAAACUCGUUGCGAAAUCAUCAAUGCACCCACUCACAAAUGCCAUUCGAGUGUUCAUUUUGUCAACAUGGCUAUCCAGCACGUGCCAAGCUACGCAACCACAUUCUACGUAAACAUAACAAAGAUCUGACUCUGGACGAAUUGGAAGGCAUGCGAAAAUUUCACAUAGCGCGCUCUACACCCCUGUUAGCUCAGAUCGUAACCGAGAAAAACUGAUAUGAAGACUAGUGACUUUUUUUCACAUUAGGUUUAAGUAUAACUUUCGAUAUUAUUUAGAAAUUCGUACUCGAAAUUGGAUUAGGGAUAGUUCUAAAUAUGUUUCAUCUACAUAAAUAACAUAUAUUGAUGGUGUUUAUUUGAAACGCGGUAUUUGUAUACCCUUCAAUCUUUAAAAUAUGUGCAAUAUUUCCAAUAUCUUGAAUGAUAUUUUUGAUCCAAGAAGCCGCUGCUUCAAUUAUUUUGAUGUGCAUUUAAUU